AUGAUCAUGAGCUCGUAUUUGAUGGACUCUACCUACAUUGAUCCGAAAUUUCCUCCAUGCGAGGAAUAUUCGCAAAACAGCUACAUCCCCGAGCACAGCCCCGAAUAUUACAGCCGCGCAAGGGACCCUGGCUCUGGUUACCAGCAUCACCAUCAGGAGUUAUACCCUCCGCGGGCGAGCUACCAAGAGGGCCAAUAUAACUGUACAAGCAUCCCUGAACCUGACACGCAAAGGGGACAUGGACUACCCCAUACUGCGCACCUGCUUGCAGGGAAAGGGCAGCCAGCCUCAUGUGAGACCCCACAGCUGCCCAUGUCCCCCACCACCCCACCGGCUGCAUCCUCCGCCUGCAACCAAGCUACACCGGAGCAUCCAAACAGCUCAGCCUCCUCCAAGCAGCCCGUGGUAUACCCAUGGAUGAAGAAAAUUCACAUCAGCACCGGUAGGCAACUUGUCUCUGUGUUGGUCUUUUCUCUCUCUCCACUCUCUACUCCUCUCUCCUCCUUUCCCUCCCUUUAUCAGUGUCUCUAACUCCCAUCUCCUUCCCAGCCCCUGCUACGAUAGGGGAGAAGCUUUUGAAAUGGCACAAUUGAGGCGGAUUUACGACUCAGCGUCGGUAAUUACACCCACCAUAAAUUUUAUAGCCGAGGUAUACUCUUGGCAGCCGUAUCACCAUGUGGCUUCUGCUGUUUUGUAGCCUAUGUGCGCGAUGGAGAGAAGAGGGGGAGAGAUUAAACGAAAGAAAAAAGACUGCGCUUUGUAAUCUAGCAUUAAUAAUUUAGCGCAUACUUGGAUGUGUGUCCCCUAAUUACAGAGAGAUAGACAAGUUCUUAACUUCCCAUUUAGAUUAUUUCUAACACCAUAACUACCAUAUCUAGCCAUUCCUUCUGCCUAUUCCCAUCAUAUAUCUCAGUUGAGGACACUCUUGUUUACCCCCUCCUUCCCUGCUUUUCUUUCUUUCUUUCUUUCUUUCUUUCUUUCUUUCUUUCUUUCUUUCUUUCUUUCUUUCUUUCUUUCUUUCUUUCUUUCUUUCUUUCUUUCUUUCUUUCUUUCUUUCUUUCUUUCUUUCUUUCUUUCUUUCUUUCUUUCUUUCUAUUUACUUCUCCCCUUUUCCAGCGAACCCGAAUUACAAUGGAGCUGAUUCCAAGCGGUCUAGGACAGCCUACACUCGACAGCAGGUCUUAGAAUUGGAGAAGGAAUUCCACUAUAACCGCUAUUUAACUCGGCGGAGGCGCAUCGAGAUAGCUCAUACAUUGGUUCUCUCCGAACGACAAAUCAAAAUUUGGUUUCAGAACCGCAGGAUGAAGUGGAAAAAAGACCAUAGGCUUCCUAACACCAAAGUGAGAUCCUCCACCACGGGCAUAUCCUCCGGGUCCAACACAACCUCAUCAACCGGCGCUGUCACCACUUCCUCGGCCACUGGUGCGGUUAUUCCAAAUGAACUUUCCGGAGGAGAGGAUGGGGAGGAUAUUACAACGUUAUAA